CUAUUUUGUCAGGCAACAACAACAGUCUACGUGACAAUCUUGGAUGAAAAUGACAAUGCUCCCAUGUUUGACAGUCCACAAUAUGAAGUCAGGUUGGAUGAGGGUCCUCUGACACUGAACUCUGUUAUUAUCACAACUACAGCUGUGGAUCUUGAUGAAGGACUUAAUGGAACAGUGGUCUAUAACAUAAUAAAUGGCAACCUCCAGAACACAUUUACGAUCAACAGUGGCACGGGCCUGAUACGUGCUGUGAAGGAACUAGAUUAUGAAGUCUGUCUGGGUAAAUAUACUCUAAUUGUAACUGCAACAGACAGGUGUCCUAUUGUACCACGUCGUCAAACCUCCACUACCACGGUCUUGGUCAAUGUUAAUGACAUCAAUGACAACUGGCCAAAGUUUCCAAAUGUUUAUGAGGGUCCUUUUGAGAUCACUGAAGGGCAGCCUGGUCCUAGAGUAUCAACCUUUAAGGCUGAAGAUAAAGAUUCUGGUCUCAAUGGCCAAGUAGAAUACAGCAUUGUAGGUGGUGAUAUUCUUGGGGAGUUUUAUAAUAUCAUCGGUGGAAGGAGACUUGAGAGUUCGAAAGGACUAUGAGCUUGAUCGGGAAAAUAUUGCCUCAUACAAUAUUACAAUCAUGGCAAAGGACAGGGGCAAUCCUCCAUUCAGUUCUACGGUCAUUGUUGAAGUGCAAGUGUUGGACAUCAAUGACAACGAUCCUGUCCUCCUCAAUCUUCCACUGAACAUAACCAUCAGUGAGAACACUCAAGUAUUAACGCCUAUCACUCGAAUUCUUGCCAGUGACGCUGAUGCUGGCCGUAAUGCUAUUCUGACCUUUAAUAUAACAGGAGGGAACACCGAAAACUCUUUUCUCAUCAAUGAAAAUACUGGAAUCGUUUAUGUGAAUCGUCCCCUGGACAGGGAGAAAAUUUCAGAGUACAAGUUAACGGUAACAGUGAAGGAUAAUCCAGAAAAUGCCCGCAAUUCUAGAAAGGAUUUUGACCUGUUGAUUGUGACCAUAUCAGAUGAGAAUGACAAUAGGCCAGUGUUUUCCCAAGGAUCAUAUCAAGCUGAGAUCAUGGAGAACUCUCCAGCAGGAGCAGUUAUGGUAAAAUCUCCCUUGAACAGAGAACUUGUAGCCACUUAUGACAUUGCUAUCUCCGUAUAUGAUAAUGCCAGUGAGGUGGUUGACCGAACAGUCAGUGUCCCUAACGCAAAGCUAACAGUGAAUGUUCUGGAUGUCAAUGACAACACUCCCAGAUUCCGACCAUUCGGAGUUACUGUUUUCUCUCAGAGGAUAAUUGAAGGUGCCACCCCAGGGACCACACUGUUGUCAGUAUCUGCUGUUGACCCAGAUAAGGGACCUAAUGGUCAGAUUACCUACUCUCUCCAUAACCUUGUGCCAGCAGGAUACGUACAACUUGAGGACAACACAGCAGGGAAAAUUAUAGCAAACCGAACCGUGGAUUAUGAACAGGUGCAGUGGUUAAACUUCACUGUCAGAGCAUCAGAUAAUGGCUCUCCACGGAGAUCUUUCUGAGGUUCCUGUUUGUCUUGAGAUUGUGGAUAUCAAUGACAAUAAUCCAAUAUUUAGCCAGGCUUUAUACCAGAAACCAGUAUUUGAGGACAUUCAACAUGGUUCUACAGUCUUGCAGAUAAAAGCCACUGAUGCAGACUCUGGGCGGUUUGCUCUUAUUCAAUAUAGCCUUGUGGAUGGAGAGGGCAAGUUUGGAAUAAACCCUACAACAGGAGACAUAUACAUCCUUUCCCCACUGGACAGAGAGAAGAAGGAUUACUAUACUCUUACAGCCAUUGCCAGAGACAAUCCUGGAGACAUUGCUAGCAACCGCCGAGAGAACUCUGUGCAGGUACUUAUUACAGUCCUGGAUGUUAAUGACUGCAGACCCGCAGUUCUCUAAAAGCCAGUUCAGUACCAGCGUGUAUGAGAAUGAACCAGAGGGCACAUCUGUCAUCACUAUGUCAGCCACAGACUUGGACGAGGGUGACAAUGGUGUUGUGACGUAUAAUCUGCAGGGCCCUGGUGCUGAUGCCUUCCUCAUUGAUAUAAACUCUGGACUAAUAACCUCUCGAAGACUUCUACAAUCAUUUGAAAGAUUUAAUUUGACAGUUGUAGCCACUGACAAAGGCAGACCUCCUCUGUGGGGGACGACUAUGCUAAAAGUGGAUGUAAUCGAUGUCAAUGACAAUCGGCCUGUAUUUGUUCGACCACCUAAUGGCACCAUUCUACAUAUAAAAGAGGAAAUCCCCUUAAAGUCUACAGUAUAUGAAGUAUAUGCCACAGACAACGAUGAGGGUUUGAAUGGAGCAGUGCGUUACAGUUUGCUAAAAACCGGAGCUGGAAAUAAAGACUGGGAAUAUUUUAGUAUUGAUUCCAUGAGCGGACUCAUUCAGACUGCACAGAGAUUAGAUAGGGAGAAACAAGCCAUUUAUAGUCUUAUAAUUGUUGCCUAUGACCUUGGUCAACCAGUGCCUUAUGAAGCCAUGCUACCUCUUCAGGUUGCUCUAGAUGACAUUGAUGACAAUGAGCCAAUUUUUGUCCGACCACCGAGAGGUGCCGUGCAGUACCAAAGCCUUUCUGUCCGUGAACAUUCCAAACCUGGAACUAUAGUGGGGAAUGUCAGCGGUGCUCUGGAUGCUGAUGAAGGUUCAAAUGCCAUUGUCUACUAUUUUAUUGCAGCUGGGAAUGAAGGAAACAACUUCCAGCUGGCUCCUGAAGGAAAGCUGACAGUUCUGAAGAACCUGGACCGAGAGAAAGAACCAUACUACUCUCUUAUAGUAAAAGCAUCCAGCAACAGAAAUUGGUCAGCCCGCAAAGCGAUGAGGGCCGCGAGGAUACAGAGCUUUGAUUCCAGCACAGACUCAACCUUACAGGAAGUGAGGAUCUACCUUGAGGACAUUAAUGAUCAGCCACCUCGAUUCACAAAAACAGAGUAUACAGCAGGUGUUGCAACAGAUGCAAAAGUAGGCUCUGACCUCAUCAAGGUUCUGGCACUUGAUGCUGAUGUUGGCAACAACAGUCUGGUAUUCUACAGCAUUUUAAGUAUUCACUACAUUAAGCAGAACUCAAAUGACUCGCAGGAGGUGAAAAAUAUUUUUGUGAUUGGUAAUGUUGAUGGUAUUAUUCGGACGUUUGAUCUCUUUACUGCCUACAGCCCUGGUUACUUUGUGGUUGACAUCAUGGCCUCUGAUCUGGCUGGGCACAAUGAUACUGCUGUUGUCGGAAUAUAUAUCCUACGUGAUGACCAGCGCUUAAAGAUAGUUAUUAAUGAGAUUCCAGACCGGGUGCGUGAAUUUGAGGAGGAAUUUAUACGACUUUUAUCCAACAUCACAGGAGCCAUUGUCAAUACAGAUGACGUUCAGUUUCAUGUAGACAAAAAAGGCAGAGUGAACUUUGCCCAGACUGAUAUGCUGAUUCAUGUUGUAAAUCGCGAUACCAACAGAAUUCUUGAUGUCGAUCGAGUUAUACAGAUGAUUGAUGAGAAUAAAGAACAAUUACGGAAUCUAUUUCGCAAUUACAAUGUCUUGGAUGUGCAACCAGCCACUACACCCAGUGCUCCGGAGGACUUGUCUGCAUUACAGAUGGCAAUUAUUAUAUUGGCUAUCCUGUUGUUCUUGGCUGCAAUGUUAUUCAUCUUCAUGAACUGGUACUACCGAACUGUACACAAGAGAAAGUUAAAAGCUAUAGUGGCUGGAUCUACAGGAAACAGAGGGUUCAUGGAUAUUCUUGAUAUGCCUAACACUAAUAAAUACUCAUUUGAAGGGGCAAAUCCUGUAUGGCUGGAUCCUUUUUGCAGAAAUUUGGAACUGGCGGCACAAGCAGAGCAUGAAGAUGACUUGCCUGAGAACUUGAGUGACAUCACUGAUCUGUGGAACAGCCCAGCAAGAACUCAUGGUACUUUUGGACGAGAACCAACUGCCACCAAACCAGAUGAUGAACGCUACCUUCGCGCUGCAAUUCAAGAGUAUGACAACAUUGCAAAGCUGGGGCAGAUUAUGCGUGAAGGGCCCAUUAAGUUGAUUCAGAAUGACUUGGAUGAAGAUGAGGAUCAAAGCCCAAGACACGGAUCACUACGCCUCAAACACAAGCAGCCGAUUGAAUUGAAAGGACAAGAUGGAAUCCACAUUGUUCAUGGUAGCACAGGGACUCUCUUGACUUCUGACAUCAACAGUUUACCAGAGGAGGAUCAGAGAGUCCUCGGGCGUUCUCUGGAAACUCUUAGCACAGAUAAUUGUGUUUUUAAUGACAGAAAUGCCCGCACAGAAUCUGCCAAGUCCACUCCGAUGCAUAAGCUGAGAGAUACUAUCGAGGAGAGCCCUCUGGAGAUAACAGAAUUAUGA